AUGGGUUUACUACUCUUUCUGAUACUGUUAGCUGUAGCAGAAGUCGAGACAAAUACCGGAAGUUGUAAAGACAUGUUACAGGGUUAUCUGACAGGACAACUGUCGUCUGCUCUAGGAGCGUACCAAGUAGAAACUUUGAGACGAGAGUUCAAAAUUGUUACAGAUCAAAUUGAAAAAUCGGUUAAUAAAUUGGAUGAAAAAACAGAAGCUGCUCUAAGCAGACACAUAGUAAACAGAAGCAGUGGCAUUGUGUACGCACGAUGGGGGAAAAAGACCUGUCCUGCAACCGCUGAACUAGUUAUCUCAGCACGAAAAACAUGCUACAAAGGAUGGAAUUUAGAGUACCAUGGUUACCUAAUGGCCGGAUAUUACGGUUAUAGUGCUGGGUCAGUAUACACCUGUGUUGACAAUCACCCAGACACAUUGCAUGGAGGCAGAGCGGAUAAGAAUGGUUAUCUGUUCCACCAAGUAGAAGCUCGAUGUGGUUCCUUGAAGUGUCCACCUUAUGUUGAGGGAAGAGAACUCGUGUGUGCCAUGAUCGUUGCUCUUAUUCUUCUGAUUCCUGUGAUCAAGGCAGUGGAUGAAACAAACAGUAGAAGUUGUAAGGACAUGUUACAGGGUUAUCUAACAGGACAACUGUCGUCUGCUCUGAGGCGGGAAUUCAGAACUGUAACCGAUCAAAUUGAAAAGUCGGUGAAAGAAAUCAAAGAAAGAAUACACAUUGACGCGCAAAAGAACCGAGAUGCAACAAACAAUAGCGUUGUUUACACAAGAUGGGGAAAGAAUACCUGUCCCCUUAAUGCUGAAAUAGUUUUAUCAGGCUACACCGGCGGGUCAUCGUCUGGCCAUGCAGGAUCUGCUGCUGAUCUUCUUUGUUUACCUAGAGAUCCAGAAUGGGGGGUUUACAGUGAUGGAACUGAUGGGAACAAAGCUUAUGUUUUCGGCGCAGAAUAUGAAACAGACACAUCUCAUAGCAACCUGCUGAAACUUCAGGAUCAUGAUAUACCGUGUGCUGUUUGUCUUCGUCGAAAUAGAUCCGUUGUCAAAAUGUUCCCAGCCAAAAAAUCAUGUAGCAAAGGAUGGAAAUUGGAGUACCAUGGUUACCUAAUGGCGGAAUAUCAUAGUCAUGCAGCCGGUACAAUGUACACCUGUGUUGACGAAAAACCAGAUACCUUACAUGGAGGUCAUGCCAAUAAAAAUGGUAGAUUACUUUAUUCUGUUGAGGCUCGAUGUGGUUCGCUAAGGUGUCCUCCAUAUAUAGAAGGGAGAGAACUAGUGUGUGCUCUUUGUUCAAAAGAAUAAAUUUGAUUAGAUUA